AUGGCGAGGAGGAGAGAGGAGGAGGACGAGGACGAGGACGAGGCGUUGGAGUCGGUGGAGCGGGUGUUCGAGGGGCGGGCGGUGCCCGGGUGGCGGGAGCAGGUGACGCUGCGGGCGCUGGCGGUGAGCGCGCUCCUGGGCGCCAUGUUCAGCGUCAUCGUCAUGAAGCUCAACCUCACCACCGGGAUCAUCCCCUCGCUCAACGUCUCCGCGGGGCUCCUCGGCUUCUUCCUCCUCACGUCCUGGACCAAGCUGCUCGACAAGGCCGGCGUCGCCAGCGUCCGCCCAUUCACCCGCCAGGAGAACACCGUCGUGCAGACGUGCGUCGUCGCCUGCUCCGGUAUCGCCUUCAGCGGUGGAUUUGGAAGUUACAUGUUCGCGAUGAGCGAGAGGAUCAGCGAGCAGUCGGGGGAAACCUUGGACGAGCACAACAUCAAGAACCCCGGUUUGGGCUGGAUGAUCGGGUUCCUCUUCAUCGUCAGCUUCCUCGGCCUCUUCUCUGUGGUGCCCCUCAGGAAGAUAAUGAUCAUCGAUUACAAGCUCAUCUACCCGAGUGGCACUGCAACUGCCCACCUCAUCAACAGCUUCCACACUCCCCAGGGCGCCAAGCUUGCCAAGAGGCAGGUCAAGACGCUGGGGAAAUUCUUCGCCGGCAGCUUCACAUGGGGCUUCUUCCAGUGGUUCUACACCGCCGGCGAGGGCUGCGGCUUCAUGGCCUUCCCGACGAUGGGACUCGAGGCCUACAGACAGAAGUUCUUCUUCGACUUCUCGGCGACGUACGUCGGCGUCGGGAUGAUCUGCCCUUACCUCGUGAACGCCUCCGUCCUGCUGGGAGGAGUGGUCUCGUGGGGCAUCAUGUGGCCGCUCAUCGAUCAGAAGAAGGGCGACUGGUACCCCGCCAACCUGAAACCCAGCAGCCUCCGUGGCAUCGUCGGCUACCGGGUGUUCGUCUCCAUCGCGCUGAUCCUGGGCGACGGCCUCUACAACUUCCUCAAGGUGAUGACCAAGACGGUGAGCGCGCUGGUGGUGCAGGUGCGCCGGAUGAUGUCGGAGCCGACGCUCCCCAUCUCCGACAUGGCGUUCCAGACGGCGGACGACACGUUCGACGACAAGCGGCGCACGGAGCUGUUCCUCAAGGACCAGAUCCCCAACACGCUGGCGCUGGGCGCGUACGCGGUGAUCGCCGUAGUGUCCGUCGCGACGGUGCCGCACAUCUUCCACCAGCUCCGGUGGUACCACGUGGCGGUCUCGUACGUGAUCGCGCCCGUGCUGGCCUUCUGCAACGCGUACGGGUGCGGGCUCACGGACUGGUCCCUGGCCACGACGUACGGCAAGCUGGCCAUCUUCACGGUGGGCGCCUGGGCGGGCGCGUCGGAGGGCGGCAUCAUCGCGGGGCUGGCGGCGUGCGGCGUCAUGAUCGGAAUCGUCUCCACGGCGUCGGACCUGACCCAGGACUUCAAGACUGGGUACAUGACGCUGGCGUCGCCGCGCUCCAUGUUCGUGAGCCAGGUGAUCGGCACGGCCAUGGGGUGCGUGAUCGCGCCGUCCGUGUUCUGGCUCUUCUACAACGCGUUCCGCGACAUCGGCAUGCCGGGGUCGGAGUACCCGUCCCCGAACGCGCUGGUGUACCGCAACAUGGCGAUCCUGGGCGUGCAGGGGCUGGGGUCCCUGCCCCGGCACUGCCCGGACCUGUGCAUCGCCUUCUUCGUGGCGGCCAUCGCCAUCAACCUGGCGCGCGACCUCGCGGGGCCCCGGGCGGCGGCCUACAUCCCGCUGCCCAUGGCCAUGGCCAUCCCCUUCUACCUCGGCCCCUACUUCGGCAUCGACAUGUGCAUCGGCAGCCUGGUGCGCCUGGCGUGGGACCGCCUGGACCCGGCGCGGGCCAAGGCCUUCGCGCCGCCCGUGGCGUCGGGGCUCAUCUGCGGCGACGGGAUCUGGACGCUGCCGCAGUCGGUGCUGGCGCUCGCCGGCGUCAAGCCGCCCAUCUGCAUGAAGUUCCUGUCGCGCAGCGCCAACGUCGAGGUCGACGCGUUCCUGCGCGGCAAGAAGCACUGACGGACGGAUGCUAGAAACGUAGAGUGGUCUUGUUCUGUUCGCUUGCUUUUAGAAUCAGAAGAUGCUUUCGAUGUGCCAGCAUAGCACACUGCUGCUGCAUAAAUAGCUAGCUGCAAUGAAGAAGGAAGGGAAGCGAGGGGUCGAGCAGUAAAUAGCAAGUG